AUGCGUCCCGCGUGGUUCACCUUCGCGCUGCCACUGGCCGCGGCGCUUCCCCAGUAUUCGGAUCGCAAUUCGGGCUCAAAUGAGUUUUCGGACGGCACCAAGCUGAUCCUAGAUAGUACUCGGGACUCCGAAGUAUUCUCGGACGACACCGGGCGGCCUUCGGAUCGCAAUUCGGGCUCUAAUGAGUUUCGGAACGUCACCGGCCAUACGGCUUGGACUGAACACUAUUCUCAAGUGAAUACAAGCGGCAAGAGCCUGGGUCCGAAGCCUCAGCCUCUGUUGCAGGAUGAUCUGUCCAAGUUUGCCCAGCCGCGCAUCAUGACUGUCUCGGCCCUACCGAGUGCCCAUAGCGAGAAAGAGCGGCUCAAGGUGUCCCGGUAUUGGGCCGACUUUCAGCCAACGGGCUUCUACUUGAACCCGCUCGAGCCCAUCACAAUCGAAGUCUCUGGGCUGGGCGGCAAUGAGUCGAUAUUCGAGAUCCUGCUCGGCACGCUGUCUUUGAUCGACCCCAAUGAUCCGAACACAGACAAGUCUGCUAGGCUACUCCCGGCGCCGUGGUUGAGAGACGGCCGUCAGACACUGAAGUUUGCCCGAGGCGGCAUUCUCUACAUUCGCUACGUCUACAAGCCCAAUGAACGGGAACAGGUACCGCCUCCCGUAACCGUCACUUUCGGCGACGGACCCGCGGCCGUCCCGUUUCCCUUCUACCGGCCCGGGGUGACGACCGAAGCCGAGUGGCUGGACAUGCUGCGAGUGACAAAGGUCCCAUUCGCGGAGCACGCCGGCGAGCGCGUCAUCCUCACCGGGCUGGCGGCGGAGGCCUUGAAAUUCGCCGAGGAAGGACGGGAUCAAGUGCAGCUCUUGGAAUCGUACACGUAUAUCAUGGCUGUCCAAGACGACAUCAGCGGCCUGGACGCCAUCGCGCCGGACCCGCGGGAUAGACCCAGCCCCUUGCGAAUCAUGGUUGUGCAGGGGAACAAGCAGGAGUUUGCGAACGCGGCCAAUUAUCGUGUUGCCAUUGGAGGCAACACGACCAGCGAUAUCUGGGCCCAACGCACGCUUCAUAGGUCUUAG